AAUCUCUGAAAAUUUCUAAUAAAAUUAGUUUGUACAUCCGUGUUGUUCGUCGAAAACGAAGUUUCUGGGAAAUGGAAGAAACCAGAUUCUCCGGUUUGUCUCCUGCUCUUCUCCUCCUGCUUCUGUCACUGCCGCUCUCAGUGAUUUCAACAGUGACGUCAUCAAAGGACCAGGUCUCCUGCACAAUGUGCUCUUCUUGCGACAACCCAUGUAACCCUGUCCCUUCUCCUCCUCCGCCGCCGGCGACCACCUCCAUCUGCCCUCCGCCUCCUCCUCCCCCCAGCUCCGGAGGCGGCGGAUACUACUAUCCUCCUCAGUCGCCGUCUCAGUCCGGCAACAAGUACCCUCCUCCGCCGUACGGAGAAGGCGAAGGGUUUUAUUAUCCUCCGCCGUACUACGGCAAUUAUCCGGCGCCGCCUCCGCCGAAUCCGAUCGUGCCGUACUUCCCGUUUUACUAUCAUACUCCUCCGGCAGCAUCCGGGUCGGGUCAGAUCUCGGUUUCCAUGUUUUGUUACGCUGGGUUUCUCGUCAUGCUCUGUUUGGUUUGACGGAAAUUUUGUCAGAUUCGGACGAGAAAACGAGGGAGAUGGUCCGAUCCGAGGGGUUUUCGAUUUAAUUAUUUCGUCAAUCGAUGAGCAAAAUGUUGGAUCAAAUGAACAUUUUUUUUAGUUUACUUCAACGUACUUCUUUUUUAAUCUUUUCUUAAUCUUUUUACAAA